CCAUGGAUUUGUUGAAAUUCAUGUAUGAUUGAUUACAUUAUAAUUUCAUUCGAAUUGAGAACUGAUGUGUCGAUACAUUUAGUAAUGACCGCCAAGUAUCCAUAUGCUUCAUGAUAGUUACAGUUCACAUUUUGAUAGCAAGCAAGGCACAGAACAAGAAGCAAAAUGGCAGCAGAAGUUAUGCUGAGGCAACGAACUGAUGGGGACCUCAGACUUCAUUUACAGCCUGAUACAAAUGCCGGUGGAAACAUUGCACAACAAAUUGAACGGAAUAGACUUCAUAGACAUAUGAAAUUUCCUAAAUUGCGUGGGAAAUUUGACUUUGAUAGUUUUCAGGAUCAUAAAAACGUAGGAUUUGUUAAAUAUAAUGGGGACACUCUUGCACCAAACAGGGAUAGCGUCUCCAUCAUUGAUCCCACAAGUGGAUUCAUUUCAGCGUCCGCAGACAUCGAUCGUAACACAGGUGUCAAAGACAUCCCUUCUAUGCAAGCCAUCGAUAAUCCACCCAAUAAUGUAACGCCAAAGACACCUCAGCCAUUGAAAUCAUCGGAACACAGACAACGUGUGCCCACUGGAAAGUGGCGGGAGGAUCUAACCAUCAAGCGGUCGUAUACAUCUCCGCACCUUGGUGCUAAAAGUGAGGGCGAUUUAACCAGAUUUAGGAGUGAACCAGGAAAUUGGAGUGGCAGGAAAAUUAGUGAUGCCUGGAUUCGAGCAAAACUAGGAGGAUGGACAAGUGACCGAGAUCCACGAGAGAUUAAAAAGGAGCAAGAACGAAUAAAAAGAGAAUUGUCUGAAUUAACAAUUAAAGGACAAGCAAAUGUAGUGGAUAAAGCCCCUGAUUGGAAAGAUAAAGCUGCCCAUAGAUAUUGCUAUACAUCCUCAACACAAAGAGCAUAUGAGGAUGUAGACUGGGACUCAAUGCUGCCACCUAAGGUGCUCCCACCAGCAUCCACCAUUGAGCCGCAAGCUGACCGAGUAUCACACUGCUUCAACGAGAACAAACGUUAUAGUCCUGCCUCACAAAAUUAUCAGAAUCUUGGAAGGACGUGGGAUAGGUUUCAAGUACGAGAUGGCUACCAUUUCGUCGGUCCAGUAGAGUUUUGUAGCCCAUACCGUAAAGUGAAUCAGAUACCCAACUACACUGGCUACCUAGGAACAGAAGGGGAGCAGGAUAACCCAAGAGUGUUCUAUAUACCACAAACUGUUGUAAGGACUGUGAAACCACGAUACACAGAAACUGCCAGGCGAGCCAACAUCCCAGGUUACACUGGAUGCACUUACUGGAAAAGUAAUCAACCAGCCAAUAGUAACGUCCCACUGCCACCACCUCAGACUACAGCUAGAAUUCACAGAAUGCUUCCAAAUUACCAUACAGGUUCAGCGCAUCGUCGAACGUCCAGGAUGUCUAAAAUGGUGACUUUAGUUCCACCUGGCAACCCAUUUAACCAAAUUUCAAGAGAAGGGCGACCCCUAGAAUCAUACCAUUGAGUUAGAUGGGUUUCACACACAAAUAAAUGGUUACUGAAAAUGGAGAUACAGUAGAACCCUCUUUUAGGACACCCCUGUUAAGGGGACACUUUUCGCCCACAAAACGAGGGAAAGUAUAUUUUUAACACUACAGCCAACCCCUAUUCAAGGGACACCCCUAUUAAUGGACACUUUAUUUGGUUCCGAAGGUGUAUCCUUAAUAGUGGUUUAACUGUAUAAGGGUAAUAGCCCUGGAAUCAUGCCAGUAUCAAUUAAUAUUUUGGAUGUUUAAUAGAUCUCUUUGCAACUUGUUUAUGCAAAUACUCCAUGGCCUGGGUACACAUGCACAUUUGGCGAUAUUAUGUAUACUUUUGUCCUGCCAUUCACACACACUUCAUAUCAUUUCUAUUUCUUGUAUUUGUUUGUCAUACACACAUGUGUAACAAGUGAUUACGGUAUGGACAUAUUUUUGACAUGCCACAUUACAGCCGAUCGCAUUGCAUUUUUGCAUGACAGAAUCAUGAAAACAUGGGAUAAUUGAUGCAAAUCGACUUAAGAUUUUGCAUUAUUGUUUAGCCAUUAAAAGUUAUUGCUAUCAUUUAAUCUAAUUUAAUUUAUACUUUAUCUACAGCAUUCCAUGAUGUUAUACGCCAACAUCUUUCAAGUAUUCAAAUUAAAUAUAAACACUUUACUUUAUUUAAAUAAUUUAAUGUUCGAAGGUCACCCUCUAUAAUAACCCCCUUCCUUUUCUUGUGUCCACUUUAAAUUUUACCAAUUUUAUUACUAAAAGAUUCUGAAACUGCAGUUAUUUCCUUUCUCACUUCCAUUGUCUAAUGUACAUUAAAUUAUGAAAAAUGAUGAAUGUUGUAUUUUUAUCAGAGUAUAGUUAUCAGUAGUAACAACUUUUUUUUAGCUCAACAAUGUAUUUUAACAGUAAUAGUAAAUACUAUUAAAGUUAAUACUAAAUGUUUGCAAUGAAAUAUAGCUAUUCACAAUAUUUAUGCUCUUACAUAUCCGAUUAAUAUCAUGGUUGAAGUACAGUAUGCAUGCAUACGUCCACCAUGAUCAAUAGUUUUUAAUAAUUUAACAUUAUAUCAGAGUAGGUUAAAUAUGAUGACUUAUCAGAUUGAAAUGUUUUAAUAUAAUCCUUCCAAAGAGUUACAAAAUUGGUUAUUUAAAAUUUAAUUUAAAAUAAAUGUUUUAUUAAGUAUAAAGAGAUUUAUGUAAAUCUGAAAGCUUUCAUAUAUUUUUGAUAUAUAAGGCCUGACCAGACUAUCAAAAUUUUAUUUGACAAAAUCAUGUGACAUGCCUAAAUAU